AGUGCAGACAGAUCUAAGGUAGACCUAAGGUAUAUAAGUGUGAUAAUGAGCUUAAAAAAAUUAACAUGGGUAGCUGCUUUAACUUUAAAGGUCAUGGUUUAGAAACAUUAGCUUUUUGGUUUCUGACUCAUUUCCUUUUACUACACUACUUUGUGAUACUUUGGAAAUUUUAACCUUGGAGUGAUUUUUGAAAAUAACAUUUGAUUUUAUUUGAUUAGGAUUACAUUUUGGAUUAUUCGUCAUUAAAUUAACAUUUUUAUCUCAACCUUCUUCACUGGGACUCUUCUUUUGAGCUUCAGGAUGUCGCUGAUGAUAAGCAGGGCCGAGGGGGUGACGGUAUACACUGUACAAUCCAACCCCAAAAGUAAAUGGCCGCUCAUCUGCCAGAUCCUGGGCACCAUGUGCUACAGCCCCGUGUGCUCGGUGUCUCUGAGACUGAAGCAGCAGAUUGGCUGCACUUUCACAACGCUGGCGACUAUACAGAUCAUGGUUGGAAUAAUUAAUCUGGGCUUUGGGUUUUUGAAUAUAGCCACUUACGGUAUCGGUGAUCUUGGUCCUGUUCCCUUUUGGUUAGGAGGCAUGUUUCUUGGAGUUGGAAUCAUGUGUAUCCUAGCUGAAAAGUUUCCGAGCCCAUGUCUGGUUGUCCUGACCGUGGUGAUGAACAUAGUGAGCGGUGCAUUAGCUAUAACUGCCAUCGUGCUUUAUUCAGUCAGUUUGGCACAAAUACGGUACAUUUACGGGUGUGAACUUCCUAAACGUGAGCCGGAAUAUCAGUAUUACUGGACAACUGCAUCUCCUUCGAAAAAAGCUCAGUUGGAUGAGAUAUUUGAGAUAAAACUGGAGAACUACAGACGUUGUGAGCAAAACAAGCGCCUUAUACAGACCAUCUGCGGAGGCCUGGACAUCAUGAUGAUUGUGCUCGCUGUUCUUCAGCUCUGCGUCACCAUCAGCUGGUGUGUCCUGAACACAAAAGCGCUGUGCAAGAAGAACACAGACCGACAGGACAUGGAGGAUCCAGAACUUUUCAAACCCCUCAUGGAGCAAGAAACUCCCAAUCCAGUGUGUUAGAAACACUAAAGCCACUAUAGUUAGACUAGCUCCUAUCCAGCACUUUCCUCUCUGUCACGUUUUUGUUUUUUAAAGUAUCUACAUGGUUAUUAAAAUCAGUGUUAAUUUGCAUGACAUUUGCUUUCUACAGUUACACAGAUUUGUUUUUGUAAGCACAAUUUCAGAUAUGAAUCAUUAUUAAAGCUUGUUCACCUGUUAUAUCAACCACCAUUGUGCAUAUGCUUGGUAAAAUCGAAAUAAAUGUAAAGAAGUCAAUAAAAAUGGG